AUGGCCGCCGCCGCCGCCAGCAGUGGUCGCGCCUCUGUGUGCUGGCUGCUGGCGUGCUGCCUCAUAGGUGCGGGGCGCGCCGGCAAGCGGAAGGAGAAGUCCGACGAUGAGCGAGACACGGUUAAGAUGCAGCACCACUCCUUCCUGGCCCCCAUGGACUACACCAGUCUCCUGGACGACUGGGUGGUCAGCGGGGCAUCCAUCUUCGAGAAGGAGCGGCUCCUUCUGCACCCCGGGGUGCCCGACCGGAGCGGGUUCGCCUGGAGCAAGCUGCCUUUGCUGACGGCUGACUUCCAGGUCAUUUUCCACCUCCGCGUCACGGCGGGUCCCAGGACGGGGAGCGAGGACAAGGUUCCCGCAGACCAGGCGCUGGCGUUCUGGCACGUCGAGGAGAACAUGUCUGCGGCUCUCGACGAGGGCAGGGUCAUCAAGGCGAACACCUGGACCGAGGGGAUCCUGGAGCAGGGCUUCGGCUUCGUGGGCUCCAAGGGCAACUUCAGGGGCACCGGCGUGGUCCUGUCGAUGGCGAGCGCCCCGUUCAAUCCAGCAGCGCUGGGUUCGACCAUCGCCGGCAUUACCAACGAUGGUUCGCGGACCUUCGUUUAUGGCCAGGAGGCGCCGGCCAUGACGUGCCGCUUCGACUUCCGCAACACGUUGAACGCAGCGCAGCUGAAGAUCCGGUUCAGGCCAGACGCUGUCGAGGUCUCGAUGAAGCAGUCGCCCAGCCUGAGCUGGCAGGAGUGCUUCAAGAUCGACAGGACCACCAGCCCGGUGAAGCCCGGGGGCUACAUCGGCUUCACGGCACGGAGCGGCUCGCCGCCCCCGGGGGGCGCCUCCGACGCGGUGUCCAUCGUCGAGGUUGACGUGAGCAACUUCGACGAAAACGUCAUCGGCGAGGAUAUGAAGGACGGACGUUACGUCCAAGAUCCAAGACGCGUAUAG